AUGUCCGCCUCGAUCGAAAACCUCAAGUCCUUCGACCCCUUCGCCGAAGCCGAUGAAGACACCGGAGAGAUAAAGCAGUCGAACCAGAGCAGCUACAUCCACAUCCGUAUCCAGCAGCGCAAUGGACGCAAGACCUUGACCACUGUUCAAGGACUCCCCAAGAAGUUCGACCAGAAGAAGAUCCUCAAGGUCAUCAAGAAGGCCUUUGCUUGCAAUGGCACCAUCGUGAGCGACACCGAGAUGGGUGAAGUCAUCCAGCUUCAGGGCGAUCAGAGAAAGGAUGUCCAGGAAUUCUUGUGUGACAAGAAGGAGGGCCUCGGUCUUGAUGCCAAGACCAUCAAGGUCCACGGUUUCUAA